CAAGGGUCAGUAAAACCAUUUUUUUUGUAAACAAUCAUGACUAUAAAAAGUUUUAUUUAGUACAUCUGUUUACUAAGUGCACACGUCAUCAUUGUCUGUAUUCUUCACAAUCUAAUAGCAACGAUGGCAAUUUUAUAUAUUUUUCUUCAACAUUUCACACUUCUUCUCUUACUAGCUUUUCCCUCAGUUGUAAGUAUUGAGAAUGAAAUUAGCAUUGAGAUUCUCUAUCGCCCAGCAGACUGUGAAUUUAGGAGCAAGAAAGGAGACCUUCUAGUUUUACAUUACAUUGGAAUCAACCUGGAAGAUGGAAAGCAAUUUGAUUCUUCUCUUGAAAGUGGUCAUCCAAAACAAGUGCGUUUAGGCCAACAUCUUGUAAUGCUAGGCUGGGAAAAGGGGCUAGAGGACAUGUGUAUUGGAGAGAAGAGGGAGGUCACUAUUCCUCCUGGUCCACUCCAGAAAGUGGACGAGAGUCAGUCAAACAGUGGGACAAUGCUUCCAUUCAAGGAUAUGACAGCAGUUUACCAUUUUGAGCUUCUAGAAAUUCGAGAUGAAGCCCCAAGAUUAAAGAAAUUUCACCUAAUGGACAGUAAUGAUGAUGACCAAAUCACAGUGAAUGAAAUGGUAGAAUACUAUAUCCAACAAGGAUCUGAUGAGUUGGGACCACACUUAAGUUUAAAUGAUGCUGUUAAGACAAUAUUUUCAUAUCUAGAUGUCAACAAAGAUUUCCUAAUUUCCAGAUUGGAGUACAUAGGCAAAGCUCAUGACGAGUUAUAAAUGAUGUAAUUACUGUUUCAUUUAGAUUGAUUCUGAUUAUUUUUAGUAAUUAUUACAGCAAUAAUGAACAUAGAAUUUCAUUGAUUAUGAUGAGUUAUAAAUAAUGUAAUUAUUGUUUCAUUUAGAUUGAUUCUGAUUAUUUUUAGUAAUUACAGUAUUACAGCAAUAAUGAACAUAGAAUUUCAUUGAUUUUUUAAAACAAAUUUCACAUUUUUCAACUUCAAGGGUUUGUUUUGUAAUCUAAUUAAACUGUUGUUCUUCACAUUCUAGAUGUCAACAAAGAUUUCUUAAUUUCCAGAUUAGAGUACAUAGGCAAAGCUCAUGAUGAGUUAUAAAUGAUGUAAUUAUUGUUUCAUAGAUGAAUUCUGAUUAUUUUAGGAAUUAUUAUAGCAAUAAUGAACAUGAAUUUCAUUGAUUUUUUAAAACAAAUUUUACAUUUCUCAACUUCAAGGGUUUGUUUUGUAAUCUAAUUAAACUGUUAUUUUUCACAUUCCAAAAUUGAUUAUGAACACCUUAAUAAGGUUGAAGUUGUAACCAGUGGUGGCACCAGAAAUUUGCCGACAAGCGGUCCAACAUGCCUGACAGAGUGGUCCAACAUGUCUGACAGAGUGGUCUAAGCAAAGGGGCCGACGAAGCCUUGGUUGAUGGCCCAGAAUAACAACUCCCUUGUAAGGUUCACAGGGAGAGUUUUUAAUGGAUUAAUAUGGUCCAAAAUGUGCCUUUAGAACACAAUAUUAGGGAUGGUAGUCAAAAUAAGCUUAUUUAGAUACACAAAUUUUUUUUUUUUCAUUUUUGAUCCGACUACCUAGUUGUGCGUCGGAGUCAGGGGGGUCCAAGCCUGUCUGACUGGGAAAAAAUGCGCACCCUGCCUCCCGCUGGUGUCACCACUAGUUGUAACAGUCCUCUGAAAACAGUGCAAUAAUGUCAUUGUUAGUCAUAAAUGGAUAGUAUGCCUCAUUCUGUGUGUUUUACAAUAAAUACAAUACAAUAAUAAUUAACUGUCAAUUUUAUAUUAUUGUCAUUAGUAUAUCUACUAGGUAUAUUGGUUAUAUUGUUCAUUGGAUCGAUCAAUCAAUCAAUAAAUCAAUAAGGCACAUUUAUACACAUUUGUUACAUUCUCAACAACCUAAUGAAUCUAACACAAAUAACAGUCUACAUACAUAUUCAAAUUCAUUUAUUUUAUUUAAGUACAGUACUUACAAGCAUAAGCACAUUUUGGUUGAAGCAGGGUAUGGAUACAUCAGUUAUUUAAAUAUAUCAUCUAAUAACAACAUAAACAUAAAUAUACUAUUAUAAUGUUUUAUAGAAUCAGGGCCACAGAUAGGGCUAGGGUGUCUCAGAUAGGGGUAAGGUGAACUUGAAAAUCCUUGAGCACAGAACUCUUGGGGAGAAACUGAACACCCUGUUAAAAUGUUGUGCUGGGAAACCUAAGUGACAAUUUUGGUAGAUUUAUAUUUGGUGUGGUAUGCAAGCUUUAGGUCUUCAGCCCUUCUAGUAUAGUUUUCUUUUGUGUACAAACAUCUGAGGUCCCAAAUGUAGCUCCCCGAUAUGCCCUCCAUGGCCUAGAAUUUUACAUUGCAUCAGACAUACUGCUCUAGUAAUAGAACCUUCCAACAGAACAGGACGAAAAAACAAGCAUUUAUCUUUCAUAUUUCUAUAAAACAGAUGUUAAUAAAUAUCCCACACUUUUACCAGUUCAUCAAAAUAAAUUCUUUAGGAAACUCAAAAACCCCCAUAAUAAAUAAAUCAUUCAAAAAACAUCAUUAAACAAAAA